UGGGCGGCCCCAAAGGCCCGGGCUCCCUGAGCUAGCGGACCUUGGCGAGGAGGCCAGGAGCCGGAGCUCUCCGGAGCUGUCCGGAGCUGUCCGGGGCUGCGGGCACACUUCGCCCUCCGGCAGCCCCCCUCUUUGCCCGUCCUUCUGGUUCCAGCCCUCCUGGGCGAAGCCAUAGCAAGCCGGUGGCGUUGUCAGAGGCAGCGGCAGCAGCGAGGGUCCUCUGGGAUGCGCCCGUUGGACUGACCCUCGGCCCCCGGCCCUUCCAGCCAUCUCCCCAUCUUCUUCCCUCUCCUACUCCCGCCCCCCUGACCCCUGGAGGGGCGAUCGGAGUGAGAGGUAGCACUAGGGACACCUAGGAACUGGGCACUGUCCGUCUGAACGGGCCGCAGUGGCUCGGACCCCGGGGUCCCCGAGAGCCAGCGGGCGCCUUCUGAUGGAAGACUUGGCCCGGGCCGAGCCCCGGCUCCGCGGCUAAGAUGGGGAAUAAGCAGACAAUCUUCACCGACGAGCAGCUGGAUAACUACCAGGACUGUUCCUUCUUCAAUCGGAAUGACAUCCUCAAGUUGCAUGCCCGGUACUACGAGCUAGCGCCCAACAUCGUGCCCAUGGACUACCGAAAGAACCCUAUCGUCACCGUGCCCAUGUCGGUCAUCAUACAAAUGCCGGAGUUCAAGGAGAAUCCCUUCAAGGAGAGAAUUGUGGCAUCUUUCUCUGAGGAUGGUGAGGGGAAUCUCACCUUCAAUGACUUUGUGGACAUGUUCUCAGUCCUCUGUGAGUCGGCGCCCAGGGAACUCAAAGCGAGUUAUGCCUUUAAGAUCUACGACUUCAACAAUGACAACUUCAUCUGCAAGAAGGACCUGGAGCUGACCCUGGCCCGGCUGACCAAGUCGGAACUGGAGGAGGAAGAGGUGAUACUUGUGUGUGAUAAGGUCAUUGAGGAGGCUGAUCUGGAUGGAGAUGGAAAACUCAGCUAUGCUGACUUUGAAGACAUGAUUGCUAAGUCCCCUGACUUCCUGAGAGUUCUUUACAGGAGUUGGCCCAUCUGAUCCCCUUCGCAAUCCUAUGAGCACUUUUCACAUUCGGAUCUGAAGCUACCCAGCAGACCCCCAGAGAUGACAUCAGCUCAGCCCAGGCACCUCCAAGAAGCCCCUAGGACCCUCCUUUUGGAGAGAAGGGUUUUUCCAGCCUUGUGUCAUCAGCAGAUGUGGCUUCCUGAUUUUAUACAUGUGAAAAUAUAUUAUGGCCCUAUCAGCAAAAAACAAAAACAAAAAACACAAACCCAACACCAGAAAAGUAACAAUAACCACCUCGCCUCCAAGGAGGUUCUCGUCUGUCUCCCACGUGCUCCCAAGAUCUCUUGCUCUCACAGCUCUCUCCCCCAUACAGAAGAUACUCUCAGCCAGCCAGAGUGCUGGGACUGGUAAUGAUCUCUAGCCAGUUUGCAUGGCAUCGAAUCUGUCCAUCUGCCUGUCUGGAGGGGUCACAGGCAGGGGACCAUAUUUUGAUUCCUGGCCUAAGGUUUGCCAAUCCAUUGGCUCCACAGUGGAGGCCAAGCUGGGUCUAACUCUGUCCUGCCUUGGGAAAUGAGGCUUCAGACAUGAUGACAGCUGUACCUUUUCCUUCCCAAACAUCCUUAAAGAACCAAGAAGAGGAAAAGGGGAAAAACAUCCUUAAAAAAGAGAGCUUCACUCAAUUGAAAGCUGGCAAGAUUUGUGAGAAGCAUGGGAGGCAUCACAAAAGGAAAAAAAAAAGGGAUGAGGUUUUGAAUCAGCUAUGCAAUCUUUCUCAUUGAAUGCCUGUAUUCAGCUCUGCCUUUCUCCCUUUUCCACUCCAUCUCCGGGCCUGGCCUGGGACCCACUGCCGCUUGCCUCUGGCAGUCAAAGGAAGGGCUCUGUCACUCUUAACUGCAUCCCUCUUUUCCCCAUUAAAUAUUCUGACUGAUCUGACCGUGGCUAAAUAGUAUAUAGACUUUGCCUCCAUCAUUCAUUCAUUCAUUCAGGCAAUUAACAAGUACCUACUAAGUGCCUACAUUGGGCUAGGUACUGGGUGAGGAUAAAAAGAAAAAUAGGAGUUUCCAGUCUAUUUGGGAAGACAGCCUGUGUGUAUAUAAAUACAUAAAAAUAAAUAUUGAAAUAA